AUGUCAGCCAGCCAAAUCGUCCCUCUGACGGUGACCUUCACUCCUAGCGGAAGCGCCGUAAGCACUGCGACCAUCCUCGGCCAAGUCCUGGACAAUGGCAAAACAAACUGGAUACCUGCAACCAGCGGCGGUGCCAUCUAUCUUGCCACAUCAUCUGCCCAAGGCGCAUCCGAGACAGUAGUCGCCGGUCAGUCCUAUUACCUCACCACCGGCCCAGACGUACCCCAACAGGUCACGAUCUCCGUGACAGGCUCCGCCUCCAACGCCACAGCUUCGCCCUCUGGUGCGCACUCCUCCACCAUUGUAGCGGGAGCGUCGCAAACUGCUUCCUCUACAUCCACCGCAGCAAGCUCGAAAGUCUCUAGCGAUGUGUCGACCGCACCCAGUACGGCUGCUCAAAGCUCGGCCUCUGCUUCGCAAUCGUCCUCCUCCUCGGCGCCCGCUCUGUACAGCAACUUCAAGUGGCUUCAGGGUGCUGUGUUGGCCAUGUUGUGCCUUGGCAUGGCAGUCGAUCUCUAG